CAAAAACAUAAACAAUAAUAAUAUUUUUAGAGUAUAUGUAGCAAUUUUUUAACAAUCGAAAUCUUGAUUUAUGUAAAAAAAAAUCUUCAAUGAAAGUAUCGAAAAACCAGGAAAUUUAAUCACAUAUUGUAUACAGUUAUUUUUGUGAGUGGCAUACUGUGCGUACCACCCUACGAUCUCCUGUUACUAUAUUAAAGGGGGUGGGUAAUGUAGGAAUAGCGUUGUCUACCUUAUCCAGGGUGGUUGGGGACUUGGGGUGGAUGUUUUAUAUCGGGUAUUGGUUUUAUAUAUCUGUGCAGACUGACGUCUCGUCUCGUAAGGACUAGAGUAACGUAGAAAUAUUAGUGGAAGAGAGUCGCACUCCGACGCGUGUUUUUCUUUGUUUUCCUAUAAUUUCUUAGCAUAUUUAAUUCGCAAUCAUGAAAAAGGGAUAUAAAGUCACAGAUGUGAAAAGAGAGAAAAAAAUUGGUAUCGCCGCCGAAAAUUUAGAAGAAUUGAUAGAAAAAUCUCGGAAAAAGUUGGGUUUCAAUGCCAACUGCGCGGAGUGCCGACUUUUUGUGGCGGAAGAUGGUACGCGUGUGGAUGACGACGAAUAUCUCGACUCAUUGCCGCCGCAAACACUAUUCAUAUUAUUAAAGGAUACUGAAAAAAUGGUAACUGAUUUUGACUACUUCUAUGAUAUGAUUCGAUCAGUGAAGAAGGAUUAUAUUGAUACUGGAAUGGCAGCUAAGCAAUUCCUCAGUACUAACAUCAAGGAGAAGUUCAAGGCUUUCCAGAAGUACAUUGCGGCAUCAGAUGAUUCUCGUACCCUGCUUAGUGAUCGAGCAGAUGAUCCAUCCUGGUUUGAAGGGUUAGAGCUCAGUGAAAAGACAAAAGAGCAGUCCAUGUCCAAACGCGUUAAAGAACGAAUGAGAGGCUAUUUCUACAAAACAAAAAGUGCACUACAGUCAUCCGAACACUACGUUCAUACCAACGGGCGCGGUAAGAAACUUAUCGACCAGUUCUUAGUUGACCUUAAGAAAUUACUUGAAGCUUCUAAAUACAAUGAAGCAUAUUUCAACCGUAACGCUGAUAAAAAGGGUUCUCUCUGUGACAAAAGCGGGCUUUUUGUGUGUGGAGGACUUUGGAGCAAGAAUGAUUGCGACUAUGAGGGUGAACACGUGAUAAACCCUUACAGGAGUCGUGAGGAGCGAAUCAUAUUCCAAACUUGGAACUUGGAUCAUAAGAUAGAAUUGUCAAGAUCAGUCAUACCGAAAAUAUUAGAGGCAAUAGAGCGAUUCUAUAACUGUGAAAAUAAAUGCAUAAAAUGUGAAAAUAUGAUUAAAAUUGGAUAUAUAGAUGCAGACAGAUAUUAUUUGCAAAUAUUUACAAAGCAGAAUCUUAAGUUGGUCCAUAUUGUUUGCCACUAUAAGGGUAGGCACGAUGCUGAAUCUGAUGUAUACACUGUAUGCAAAAAGUGCUUUGAUGGUCAGAGUAUUCAAUAUAGUAAUUAGAAUGCUAUGUUCAUAAUGUUAUAUUCCUAACAUAUUUUGCUGCAACAUUCUAUAAGUAGAGAAAUGAAUACCUGUGAUAGGCAAUAUAAUUACAUAUUUUCAUAUAAUAAGUUUUGAUAUAAAUAAUAAUGAUAAUAUAUUUUUUUAUUAAAUAAAAUGCAUGUAAGGAUUAAUUUUUGGGUAAUAUAACAAAGAAUUUCGGAUUUGACUACAUAAACUUUAAUCUACCAGAGACAUAUUUAUUUAGAACAGUGUAUGUACAUCUAUUGAUAGUUCUAUUGUUAUACACAAAUAGAACUAUCAGAUUUAAAUAACUUAAUUAAAAAUAAAAAUGUAGCAAAUAUCGUAAAAUUGUAGCCUUUUACAUUAGAAAUUAUUUACACUUUUAAAAUAUUGUUGAUGUUGUAACUCAUUAUUAUUAGAUGAGAAUAACUUUUCUAUUCCUUGAAUUGAUCUCCUUCUGCCCUUUAAAUUUUAGAUGUAAGAGUAAAUGUUUAUAUUAAGUUAUUG